UUGCUAGUCUGAAACUUGGAGGUUAUCCAAUUCAAGUAAACAAGAAAAAUUAAUGACCUGUACUGUAAGCGUUAAGAGCGAUAUAUCUGUAUAAUGUACUGUCAAUAAGUGACGCCGUGGCGAGGAAAGUGAUAUCAAAAGCAAUAUAAGAAUGAAACGAGCGGGGAAAAAUCAGAGUUGCGUACCGCUGUCUACUUGUUACGGUCAAUUCGAGCUUAAUAACAGACAUAUCCUAAUUCCAGUCCACUAAAAUAUGCGCGGAAUGUUGAUUCUAUUUUUCGUUCCGCUGAUCGUCCUCGUGAAAACCGACAUUCGACCGGAGGUUGCAAUGCGAAUGACCUCCCAGAGUAGCCCGGAGCAUCGUAAAUAUGUGAACAACUCCAGUCUUGUAAGAGUGACUUCGGAACAGGAUAUCGUGAUAAAUGGCGCAGGCAUCAGAUACAUUGAGCCUGGGGCUUUCAACGGUUGCGAGACGACCCAGACCCUCAUGAUGGCAGACAACAAAUUGACUACCCUGGCAGCAGGCAUGUUUCAUGGUCUGAGGGACCUCAAGAUGGUGAAUUUUUUCAAUAAUACAAUUAUGGACGUUGCUAAUGGAGCCUUUGAUACUCUACCAAAUUUGUUAGAGUUGGAAUUAAGCUAUAAUCGCUUGAGUGGACUUGAAGAUGGCGUCAGAAGCGGACUGAAAAAUCUGCGAGUAUUGAAAUUAAACGAAAAUCCUUUUAUCCUAACGAGAGAUGGGUUCACAGGAUUGUCGAAACUGAAACUGCUCGAAUUAUCUGGGGCGAAUAUCUCGGCGAUUUCUCUGGGCAGUUUCGACGGCCUGGAUCAACUUCAGCGGUUGGAUCUUUCCAAUAAUAAGUUGACCGCUAUUUCGAAAGCGUACUUUGAAACAUUGGGACAAUUAAAGGAACUCGACCUUUCAAUGAAUACCAUUUCUACUCUUCGCAAACAUACCUUCAGGGGACUAACGAAGUUGACGGACUUGUGGCUAAAUGACAAUCAAAUUCAGGUUCUCGGCUCUGACAACAUUUUCAAAUGGUUCACAAACCUGAACAAGUUAUACCUGAAUGGUAAUCCACUACUGAUGUUCAACGUCGCAGUUUUUAGCAAGAUGCAAAGUGUCAAUAUUGAGCCUGGAUUUAAAUGCGAUCUAUCCCAAGAAGUUCAGAAGAAUUUCGCCAAUGCAACAUCUCACUGGUUUAUUUGUAAUAACUCUGAUGGUUUUUUUACACCUUAUCACUGCUCCGCAAUGUUCUCCGUUCUUUAAUUGGAACAAGAAUAUCACACAAAUUAUGCGAAUGUCAUUUAUUUGUAUCGAGACUGUAAUGCUACAGACAAAGAAUUAAUUAUUAAGUUAAUAGGUAAAGUCAUAUAUCGUACUAAGCCCGAUAUUUCAUCAAAUUUUUCAGCUGCAACAGCUGUGAAAGGCUGUGAUAAACACAAAAUAGGUCAUUGUUUUUCGACGUGUUUAUAAGUACGAUGUAUUUUUCUCGUGUCAAUUUUGUAUCUUACCAUAUUUAUUGCUAAUUGUAAGAAAAAUACAAAAUAUCACACAUGUCUCAUUUUACAAUAUCGUGAGUAUGUUUGAAUUAACCUCAAGCUGCAGAGAUAAAAAAGUAAAAAUAAAGGACGCUCGUAUAUGAAAUGAUAGUAAUAUUGGAUACAUUGAGUUCCUGUAUGAUUAUAUGUGUAUCACCAUAGUCGUUGAUAAUAUUUUAUAAAUGAAGUGAAUCGUAAUAAUAUAUGAACUUGUUAUCUGGAUGCAUGCCACAUUUGUCAUUACCUGAUAAACACAACGCUUCACACAGGCGUCCACUAUGUUAAUAUUGUUAAGUUGAAGACAUGGUACAUUUACGCUUAAACAUCUAUCAAUAUUCUAAUUCUGUGCAAGCGUAGCCACGUCAGUGAGCUAAUUAAAUACAACUAAUAAUCCGAACCUAU